AUGGAGGAAGGCAAUUCCGUUGACAAGGAUGCGCGCGCUCCUCCUCGUGAGAAUGUAUAUGUUUCGAGCAGUUCCUGCCAGCUUCCCGCUUCCAGUAUUUCUUCCGACUCAGACGAGGAAGACAGUUUUGCCCCAGUUCGCAGUGCACCAUCAGAUGAGACUGACAAAACCACAUCGGGAUCAUCACUGAGCAAUGAAGAAUUCGCUCACACAAUAUCCCAGCGACGGAGCUAUGCCUCGGGUCACGAGGGAGCAGGAGAUGAUUGGGAGCAGAUCGAACGGCUGAUAUCACGGAUGUUCGGCCGCGAGCGGAAAGCAAAUUCAGAGGAAGAAAAAACGCGGCAUGUUGGCGUUGUCUGGAAGAAUCUCACUGUUAGAGGGCUGGGUCUUGGAGCUACCCUCCAGCGGACGAACGGGGAUAUCUUUCUUGGCUUACCACGACUGAUUAGGCGGUUGGUCACCCGGCGCGGAAAGGGCAACAGCGGUGGAAAGCCGCCUGUGCGAACAAUUCUGGAUGAUUUUACAGGCUGUGUUCGUCCCGGGGAAAUGCUCCUUGUUCUAGGACGCCCCGGCUCAGGCUGUUCAACAUUCUUGAAGGUCAUUGGCAAUCAGCGGUCUGGGUAUGAAAGUAUCGACGGCGAUGUACGGUAUGGUGGAGCGGAUUCCGAAAAGAUGGCGCGAAAUUAUCGUUCUGAAGUUUUGUACAACCCCGAGGAUGACCUUCACUACGCCACACUGUCUGUACAUGACACUCUGCUCUUCGCUUUGAAGACUCGAACGCCAGACAAAGCAUCUCGCAUUUCAGGAGAGAGCCGAAAAGAAUACCAGCAAACAUUUCUUUCCGCAAUUGCCAAACUGUUCUGGAUUGAACAUGCGUUGGGAACCAAAGUUGGCAACGAGCUUAUCCGUGGAGUGUCCGGUGGAGAGAAGAAACGAGUCUCUAUCGGAGAGGCAAUGGUCACAAAAGCCAGUACUCAGUGCUGGGACAACUCAACCAGGGGCUUGGAUGCAAGCACGGCUCUAGAAUACGUUCAGAGCUUGAGAAGCCUGACAAACACCGCGAACGUCUCAACGCUGGUCGCUCUUUAUCAAGCAUCCGAGAAUCUGUUCAAUUUGUUUGACAAGGUCAUCCUUAUUGAAGACGGCAAGUGCGCUUUCUUUGGACGCUCCGAGGAAGCAAAAGCCUACUUUGAAGGGCUAGGUUUUCAAUGUCCACCGCGAUGGACAACCCCCGAUUUCCUAACCUCCGUCAGUGACCCUCAUGCUCGACGCGUUAGGGCUGGAUGGGAAGAUCGUAUUCCUCGCUCAGCAGGGGAGUUUCAAGAGGCCUAUCGCAAAAGUAACAUCUGUCAAACUGCACUUGCGGAUAUCGAAAAAUAUGAAAGGGAGAAUGAAGUCCAAGAACAUGAGAGAGAGAGUGCCAGAAAGAAAGUGGCCAAGAAGAACUAUACUGUUUCGUUUUAUAAACAGGUCAUGAUUCUCACCCACCGGCAGUUUCUCAUCAUGUUUGGAGACAGGCAGUCAUUAAUCGGGAAAUGGGCACUCCUUGUCUUCCAGGCCUUGAUUAUUGGUAGUCUGUUUUAUAACCUACCGGAUACAAGCUCUGGAGUCUUCACAAGAGGAGGUGUCAUGUUUUUCAUACUUCUAUUCAAUGCCCUCCUUGCUCUGGCCGAGCUCACGGCUACAUUCGGGAGUCGGCCGAUCUUAAUGAAGCAUAAAAGCUUUUCGUUCUACCGACCAUCAGCAUUCGCUCUUGCGCAGGUUGUGGUCGAUGUCCCUUUGGUGUUCAUUCAGGUUGUACUUUUUGAUCUGAUUGUAUACUUUAUGGCAAACCUUGCUCGAACACCAUCCCAGUUUUUUAUCAACUUACUUUUCAUAUUCAUUCUGACAAUGACAAUGUAUUCUUUCUUCCGCUCACUUGGCGCCCUGUGUGCGUCACUUGAUAUUGCAACACGCCUUACUGGAGUUUCAAUUCAGGCAUUGAUUGUAUAUACCGGUUACCUGAUUCCGCCGUGGAAGAUGCACCCAUGGCUAAAAUGGCUUAUCUGGAUAAAUCCCGUUCAGUAUGCCUUUGAAGCAUUGAUGGCCAACGAAUUUCACAACCUUGAUAUACGGUGUGAACCGCCAUACAUAGUUCCCGACGGACCCAAUGCGUUGCCGUCUCAUCAGAGUUGCGCUUUACAGGGGAGCACGCCGGACCAGACCACUGUGCGAGGUGCAGACUAUAUCAAAGCAGCCUAUACAUACUCGCGCUCUCAUCUGUGGCGAAACUUUGGUAUAAUAAUUGGGUGGUUUAUUUUCUUUGUGGCUCUGACUAUGCUGGGAAUGGAGCUGCAGAAACCUAAUAAAGGUGGGAGCUCUGUAACUGUGUUCAAGAGGGGUGAGGCACCGGAAGGGGUUGAAGUUGCCCUGGAUCAGCCCGGAUUGCACCACGAUGAAGAAUCAGGAGAGAAAGAUGAGAUAAUUCCAAACGGCAAAGACGAUGAGUCGAGUGACUUGAGCAAGAAAGUGCCGAAAAUUGCAAAGAAUACUGCUGUUUUCACAUGGCAGAAUGUCAACUAUACCAUCCCCUACAAAGGUGGGCAGAAACAGCUGUUGCAGAAUGUUGAAGGCUAUGUCAAGCCUGGCCGACUCACGGCGUUGAUGGGAGCAUCUGGAGCCGGCCCCCUGCCCAAAAGCUUCCAGAGAGCCACAGGAUUUGCCGAGCAAAUGGACAUCCACGAGCCAACGGCUACCGUGCGAGAGUCACUCCGAUUCUCUGCUCUUUUACGACAGCCAAAGGAAGUCCCAAUAAAAGAGAAGUAUGACUAUUGUGAAAAAGUGAUUGAUUUGCUAGAAAUGAGAUCAAUCGCCGGAGCAACCGUCGGCACUACAGGCACUGGUCUGAAUCAAGAACAGCGGAAGAGACUCACCAUUGCAGUGGAAUUGGCCAGCAAGCCAGAACUGCUUCUUUUCCUGGACGAACCGACCUCUGGUCUUGACUCUCUGGCUGCUUUUAACAUUGUUCGAUUUCUUCGACGACUCGCAGAUGCCGGACAGGCAGUUCUUUGUACUGUGCAUCAGCCAUCGGCUGUUUUAUUCGAGCAGUUCGACGAUUUGCUUUUGUUAAAGAGUGGUGGGAGAGUUGUCUACAACGGCGAACUCGGGCAUGACUCGAAAACCUUGAUCAACUACUUCGAACACAAUGGUGGCAAGAAAUGUUCGCCGCGUGCGAAUCCAGCCGAGUACAUGCUUGAAGUCAUUGGUGCUGGCAAUCCAGACUACAAAGGAAAGGAUUGGGGAGAUGUAUGGGCCAACUCGUCCGAAUCAACGCAGCUCUCCCGAGACCUCGAGGGCAUAGUCAGCUCACGGCGCAACGUGCAGAACGAUUCCAUCAAGGAUGACCGCGAAUACGCAAUGCCGGUCCAUGUGCAGAUUGUGGCAGUGACAAGACGUGCCUUUGUUGCCUACUGGAGGACACCCGACUACAUCUUGGGCAAAUUCAUGCUCCACAUCUUCACCGGCCUAUUCAACACUUUCACCUUUUGGCAUCUCGGUCACAGCUACAUCGACAUGCAGUCGCGGCUCUUCUCCGUCUUUAUGACGCUGACCAUCUCACCACCCUUGAUCCAGCAGCUGCAGCCCCAGUUCCUGCAUUUCCGGAAUCUAUACAAAUCCCGUGAGUCAAAUUCAAAGAUCUACUCCUGGGUCGCAUUUGUCGUGAGCGCCAUCCUCCCAGAAUUGCCCUACUCUAUCGUCGCGGGCUCUAUCUACUUCAACUGCUGGUACUGGGGAAUCUGGUUCCCACGCGACUCUUUCACAUCUGGCUAUGUCUGGAUGCUCCUCAUGCUUUUCGAAACAUUCUACAUCGGCUUCGGGCAAUUCAUCGCAGCCGCAUCACCAAACGAGCUUUUCGCUUCCCUCCUCGUUCCGACCUUUUUCACUUUUGUUGUUGCAUUCUGCGGCGUCGUCGUGCCGUUCGCGGCCCUGCCGCACUUCUGGCAGUCGUGGAUGUACUGGCUCACGCCAUUCCACUACCUGCUUGAAGGGUUUCUGGGAGUUGUAACCCACAACAUUCCGGUUCGGUGUCUCCCGCGCGAGGAGGCGCGAUUUAGUACCCCCUCUGGCAUGUCGUGUCAGCAAUAUGCCGGUGCUUAUGCUAACCAGUCUGGUGGAUAUGUGAGGGACAUUGGGGGUGGGAUGUGUGCUUUUUGUCAGUAUUCGACCGGGGACCAGUUUGCUGCUAGCUUUAAUGUCUUCUACUCGCACAAAUGGCGUGACUAUGGUAUUUUCUGGGGGUAUGUGAUCUUCAACUUCGCCCUUGUUUUCGCUUUGUCCUGGUUGUACCUUCAUGGCGUAAGAGACAUGAAGCGGCGGAUUAGUGCUCGGCAGACGAGGAAGGGUGCAAACCCAGCUUGA